AUGAAUCAGAUACGAGCCAUACAAGCCCUCAACAAGCGCGAAAUUGAAAAUGGAGUCCCUCCAGAAGCUUCAUGGCAUACCGACUACCGUGACACAGCCUUUGUUAAUUUCGGCGGUCUGCCUUACGAGCUCUCCGAAGGCGACAUCAUCACUAUAUUCUCACAAUACGGCGAACCCGUGUUCCUAAAGCUUGCGCGGGACAAGGAAACAGGGAAGAGCAAGGGCUUCGGCUGGCUUAAGUACGAGGACCAGCGCAGCACGGAUCUGGCCGUUGACAACCUGGGCGGCGCCGAGAUUAAUGGUCGUCUGGUACGCGUCGACCACGCCCGGUACAAGCCUCGCGACGAUGAGGACCCGGAGGAUUUUAAGGUUGGCUGGGAGGAUAUCGCCCGCCGUGAGAAAGGCAACAGGGGCGAAGACCCGGAUGUGGAUAUGCAGGAAGAGAGCAGCGAGGAGGAGGAGCCGAGACGGCCAAUGAUCAAGGAAGAAAUAGAGCUGGCUAAACUGAUCGAGGACCACGACGAGGAUGAUCCCAUGAAAGGCUUCUUAAUCGAGGAGAAGAAAAAGGAAGUUGAAGAAGCGCGGAGAAAGGAAGAUGAGCGGAAGAGAAGGAAAGAUAGAAAAGACAAGCACCGACACCACCACCGCAGUCACCACUCCAGAAGAGAUGACAAGGACAUCGAGGAACGCCACCGCCAUAGGAGGUCAAGAAGGGACGAGACUCCAGCGGCGAAAGACAUGUCUAAGCGCAGCAGGACGCCGGCAGUAGACGAGGCGAAACGGGGAAGAGAUGAAACCCCUCCAAGGAAAGAGCGAACCCAUUCUACAGAUUACGAGCGGAGACGGCACAACGAUGAGCGCGAUCGGUUUGGUGAUGGGGGCCGAAGAAGAGACUAUGAUAAGGGGGAUAAGUACGAGAGGCACUCUCGACAUGAUCAUAACAGGGGUGAAUUUAGCAAAGAUCCAAGAAACAAACGGAGAAAUAGGAGCAGAUCUCUGCGAUAG